AUGGCGACCAAAGAGGAUCAAGAAACCCUUCGCCUCCUCGUACAGCAUGUCUCAAGAGCAUUCUAUGAGCCCAAAUUCACCAUCAUCAUGGACCAGCUCGCACGGCAUCCUGUUCUGAAAGACGAUGAUUUGGCGGGGAGGAUGGGUCUUCAACCCAAGGAGCUGAACAAGGUCAUAGCAGUGUUGUCAAAUGACUCACUUGUUAAAAUAUACCGUCAAAAUGAACUCAAGGAAGGUGCUCAACGCAGUGUCGGAAAGCAAUAUUACUACAUCGACUACGAGCAUUUUUGCAACGUAGUCAAGUGGCGUAUCGCAAAGAUGAGGCACAUCAUCGAUUCUACACUGCGUAACGAGCUGGAUAACAAAGGCUAUAUAUGCCCCCAGUGCAAGCAAUCGUACUCGCCACUUGAAGUGGACAAGUUGAUGGACUUCACACAGGGAAUUCUAGUCUGUGAAAUAUGUCACGCGGAGGUGGUUGACAAUGAGAAUGCGGAAAGCGUGUUGGGGAGUAAGGAUCGGAUGCAACGGUUUAACAACCAGAUGCGGUUCAUCCGCGAGGGAUUGCAAAAGAGCGAGGCAAUGGUGUUGCCUGCUUUCGACGUGGCGGCGUGGAUUAAGAACAACCCCUCCGAAUCGGAUAAGAAGAACGCCGUUGCGGGCGGACCCGGGCUGAAAGUUGCAGGUGCAGAUGGCAGCAGGAAAGAGGACGAGGGUGUGGGUGUGAUGAUGGCGAUGGACAAGGACGAGUCGACACGACGUCUCGAGCGGGACGCACAGGCCGAGGUUAAACGUCAGCAGAAUGCGCUCCCUAGCUGGCAUCUCAAGAGCACUAUCACGGGUGAUCUCACGGCGCUCGGUGUGAAGGAAAGUAACCGUGAGGCGGCAGCGGCACUUAGUAUGGCUGCAGGACAACUGGCAAACGAUGACAGCAUACUAAAGGGAUUGGGAGUGAUUGGUGGCGGACCGAGUAGGAAUCAAUUACAGGGUGUACAAAACAGUGUUGUGGGCGGUGUCGAAGAUGUUAAACCUUCAAUUAAUGUAGAAUCUGAUUUUUACGACCAAUAUUACGCCAGUCUUGCAGCCUCCUCGGCAGCUGCCUCCGCGCAACCUACACCAACUGCAACAGGGCUUCCCUCAUCUUCCUCGAAUUCGCCUGACUAUGCCAACGGCUUCUCGCACGUCAACGAAGAGGAGGACGAGGACAAAAAACCGAAUGUUGAGUACCUCGACUCACUAAACGCCUAUCGAAAGCGGUCACGUAGCCAAGAAGAUAUCGGUGCGGGGGGUAAAGCAAAAGUGGCGAAGAUGGAUAAUGGUAUAGUGAAUGGGUACAUGAAUGGGUAUGGUGGCGGAAUUAAUGGACAUGUUAAUGGAAAUGGCCAUGCGGUGGUCAAUGGACUUGUGAAUGGGUACGAAAACGGACAUGGACAUGUAGUGGAUGAAGCGCAGGAUGCGAUAAUGGAGAGCCAAGGCGAAAGUGUGCCUGGCACAGAGCUGGACGACGAUCCAAUAGUCAUGGUAAAUGGAACCCCAAAGCCAUACUCGCAGGUGACGGAAGAAGAUCAUGACUUGAUGACUCCGGACGAGUAUACGGCGUAUUUCGAAAUUGUGCAGGAGCGAUCAUAA